AUGGUGAAUAUACCUCAGCAUCAACAAUUCAGUUUUCUUGGAGUACAAUCUGGAGGUAUAGAAAAUAUUGGGUGCACUCAAAGAGAUUUGUAUAAUCAUGAGAGGGAUAUACGGGCUGAUUUGAAGGGGCAUGAUGGUCAAAUGUUUUAUGAGUAUUUAAAACUGGAACAAGGAAAGAAUCCCGUAUUUACUUUUCAUAUUGAGGCUGAUGAGGAACAAAAGAUUACUCGUUGUUUUUGGUCCGAUGCAAGAUCAAGGCGGGCUUACAAAUUUUUCGGUGAUGUUGUAAUCUUUGAUACUACUUACAACACUAAUCGCUAUGGCCUGAUAUUUGCACCAAUAAUGGGGGUUAACAAUCAUGCUCAAACAGUUGUUUUUGCUUGUGGAUUUUUGAAUCAUGAGAGCGUUGAUGAUUUUGUAUGGUUAUUUACUAAAUUUUUGGAAAGUAUGCCUCGUGGUGCCCCGAAGAUGAUUAUUACUGAUCAAGACCCAGCUAUGACAAAGGCAUUCCCUCAUGUUCUUCCACAUACUUUUCAUAGGUAUUGUAGUUGGCAUAUAUUAAUGAAGUUUUCUGAGAAAAUUGAUGCUGUGAAAAGUGGGUUAGAUGGAAACAAGUGGUUGCAAGAUCAAUAUGAACUUCGGUCAAGAUGGAUUCCUGCAUAUGUUAAUCACAUUUUCUCAGCAGACAUGUCAAGUAGCCAACGAGCAGAAAGUGGACAUGCAUUUUUUAAGAAAUUUGUUUCGAAGAAUAAUUCAUUGGUGGAUUUUAUGAUACAGUUUGGCAGGAGACUAGUGCGCCAACGUCACGAGGAGUUGAUGGCCGAUCACAAAGACGUGAUUGAGAAACCUAAACUUAGAAUAAAUCAUGACUUUUUGGAGCAAAUGGUUGAUAUUUACACUAAUGAGAUGUAUUACAAGUUUGAGGCUGAAGUGUGUGACAGUUUUAACUACAAGUUGCAGUUUGUUAGGGAAACCGACAAUCGUCGUGUGUAUCAAAUUCAAAGAAAGAAGCUUGCAACAAGCAAAGUCCGCGAAAUCGUUUACGACAAGCAGUUGGAUUUGGUUUCUUGUAGUUGUAAAAAGUUUGAAAGCGCCAGAAUCGUAUGUACUCACAUUAUCUCUUAUUUGAUGAAAUUUGAUGCUGAAAUAUUGCCUGAUAAAUACAUCUUAUUGAGGUGGACUAAGUCUGCAAAAUCAGGGACAGUUCAUGAUGAUAAAGGCAUGCAGAUAACCCCUGAUAAUCCUUAUCUUUUAACGCGGAGUCAAUUUAUCCAAUCAUCUUUGGAUUUAGUUGACAAGUCCCUCGUAUGUGAAGAAACAAGGGAGAUGUUUACCGAUGGAUUGCGUAGCAUUAAUGAGCAAAUUGAUCAAUUUCUUAGUAGCCACAUGGCUGUAAUGAGCUUCACUAAGAAAAGUAAUCCAAUAUGUAGUAAGAUAAUUACUGAUGGUACUAGUGCUCAUGGUUCUUGUAGUUAUGAAAAUAGUUUCAAUGAACCCGAUCAAGUGCGAGCAAAAGGGUGCGGCAAAAGGUUGAAAGGAGGAAAAGAGAAAGCAAUGAUUAGAGCCAAAAAUAAAAAAGAUAGACGUUGUCACGGGUGUGGUAAAGUAGGCCAAUCACAUGAUAAGCGAAAUUGUCCGGCACUCACAAAUCCGUCUUCUACAUGCGGUGAUACAAAUUGGCAAGAGGGUAAUGGGUCAUCAAGUGAAGAUGGGGCGCUUUUGAAUCAGGAACUUGAAUCAGGAGCUUAA